GGUUUGGGGGAGGGGGCAGACGCUCCGCUCCGGCUCUUUCUUCCCUGUGCUCAUCUAGCGGAGGUGGAGAUUUCCUGAUCCCACCCAGCCCGGCGGAGACGGGAGGAUCUGCUGAGCCUGGCCCGGAUAUCCAGCCUGGACCCGAGCGGCUUGCAAGUGCUCCCGGGGGGAGCCGCCUGGUAAAGAAGUGAGAAGGAUCACAGUAAAAUAUUGAAAGAGCUGUUUCACACAAUUUGCUUGCAAUUCAAGGCUUCAGGAUGGGAGCUUUUUGCUUAUGGGUUUCCUUGAUGCUUCUGGUACCAGGAUUUGUCCUCAGUGACAGCUCUGAUAGAUACUACACCAAUCUGAGUACUUUCACCAUCUACUCCAGAACAGAAGCUAACCUACUUCUUACUACCAGCAGACCCAUGCUGGUCAACAAAACUUACCCUUGCAGCCAACAGACGAGAAUUGCUAACACUUUUAAAUACAUUAACACAGUGAUAAGUUGUGCUAUUUUCAUCGUUGGAUUGGUUGGAAAUGCAACACUCCUGAGGAUCAUUUAUCAGAACAAGUGUAUGAGGAAUGGCCCGAAUGCACUGAUAGCUAGCCUGGCACUAGGAGACCUUAUCUAUAUCGUCAUUGAUAUUCCUAUCAAUAUAUAUAAGCUUCUUGCUCAGGGGUGGCCAUUUGAGAACUCCGAUUUUGGAUUAUUUCUUUGCAAAUUCUUCCCCUUUAUACAGAAGGCAUCUGUGGGAAUCACAGUUCUCAAUCUCUGCGCCCUGAGUGUGGACAGGUACAGGGCAGUUGCUUCCUGGAGUCGUGUACAGGGAAUUGGAAUCCCUAUGAUCACUGCUAUUGAAAUUUUCUCCAUUUGGAUUCUCUCCUUCAUACUGGCUAUUCCAGAGGCGAUUGGUUUUGUCAUGGUACCUUUCAGAUACAAGAAUGAACACCACACUACCUGCAUGCUCAAUGCUACAAGCCCAUUUAUGGUGUUUUACAAAAAUGCAAAGGAUUGGUGGCUGUUUGGUUUCUAUUUCUGUGUACCACUAGCAUGUACGGCCGUCUUCUACACGCUGAUGACAUGUGAAAUGCUAAACAGGAGGAACAGCAACUUGAGAAUCGCUCUCAGCGAACACCUAAAGCAGCGUCGAGAAGUUGCCAAAACUGUUUUCUGUUUAGUAGUGAUUUUUGCGCUCUGCUGGUUCCCUCUCCAUUUGAGUCGAAUUUUGAAGAAAACGGUAUACAAUGAAAAAGACCUUAACAGAUGCGAACUGCUUAGUUUCUUGUUGUCACUGGAUUACAUCAGCAUCAACCUGGCAACCAUGAACUCUUGUAUAAACCCAAUUGCUCUCUAUUUUGUCAGCAAGAAGUUUAAAAACUGUUUCCAGUCAUGUCUGUGCUGUUGCUGCUACCAGUCUAAAAGUCUAGUGACUUCAGUGCCAAUGAACGGAACAAGCAUUCAGUGGAAAAACCAAGAGUUGAACAACCACCAUAUAGAUCGAAGCAGCCAUAAGGACAGCAUAAACUGAAACUAAAGAACUUUGACAUCACUUCAGAAUCCAUCAGGACAAAAAGUAUCACAUCAAAGCUGUUUAAACAGGAAAUCAAUGAGUAUUCCAUGAAAUAUAAUCUAUGCAGACGUUUUUGUGCCCUUCUACCUAAUUACACAGACGUAACCAAGUAGAUUGACCACACAUUUAAACUUCUGUGAAUUGGGAUCUUCCUGACAAUGUUCCUGUCUCUGACAAUUAUACUCAUCUUACUGUACAGUUGAAAGACUCAUUCAGCACUGUGCAGACUGCUUGCUGUCUAUGAAUCAGUCAGGAAUGGCCCAGUGUGGAACUGGUACACAACCAUGUCUUUACAUGAUGGUUGAUUAGAAUUAUUCACAUGGGAUUUUUUGCAAGAUGUCAAAAGUGGAAUCUGUGAGCAUAUAGUUGAUCUCUGCCCUUCUGCCAAGGAACUACUUAAUUGAGUGGUGGUUAUACUCUGUACAAGAGCAUGUUUAGCAUGAUUUUUAAAAACCUUUUAUUUGGAAAUGAGUGAAUCUGUGCCAGUAUUUUUUUAACUUAAUUUUGCAAGAUGAGACAAUGCAAAAGCUGAACAUUUUGCGUUUGAAGCACUUUGCUAUUCAAAGAUUGGAACAGACCUUCUCACAUACCACCAACAUUAGGCACUCACAGCAUAGACUGAUACCAAAAAGGAAAUAUAACAUACUACAUUUUCUUACUCUCUUUGCAUAGUCAAGUUUUUUUUCUAUUUAACUCUUAAACUAGAUGAACCUAUAUUCAAACUAUAUCUGUUUUGGAUGUAAAUUGAAUUGAGAGUGCAGAAGUAUUAAUGGUACACCAUAAACACCUUACUAGGACUGUCUGGAACUCUUCUCAGAAGAUAGUCAACAGCAGUUCACAAACCGUCACGUAAUGGAGCUGAAGUCAUAGCUUCAGCAAAUGAAGACAGAACUCAUACCGCAAUCCAUUAGAGUUGUAUACACAUAAUGAUUUUAUGUCUCAUGCUUACGAAGUUCAAAUGUUUAAAAUGAGUAUAAAGUUCUUAUUUGGGUUAUUAACCAUAAAAAUACUAUUGACAAUAUAAGAUAUAGAAAAUACUGCUUACAUACAUGUAAACAUGUGACAUAACUUUCAUUACCACCAGCUCUUGUUACAUGGCAAGAAAUUUGUUGUUUGGCUGUUAUGUCUGCUAAAUAGAUAGUGUUUUAUUAAAUAGAAGAAUGAAAUAGAGCAGUAUCAGAUACAACAUGCCUGCUGCAGAAACCUACCAUGAGAUUUAUAAUAUCUGGUAGGCCAGGUUGCAAGGUAAUAACUACAGUGCUGUUUUUAACAUCCAGUUGUGUUGCAAGUGGAAGACACAAGCCUGCACAUUAUUUACUAGGUCAAAGUAUUAAGUGCCUUCUGCUGCAGAAUUUCCCAAAUGUUUACACACACAGCAAAAAGAAUCGUUUAAUGUAUAUUAAAAAAAUACCCUGCUCUUUAAAUUACUUCAUGUAUUUUGUGGGCUUUUGUCUCUAUGGCAUAUAUGUGUGUAUAUAUACAUACAGAUUUAUGUUAAUACAUUAUAAAACUAAAUAUAAUCUUUUGACAGUGCUCUGUAGUCAUGCCCAAGAGCAUGCUAUUGAAUGAGA